ACUCUGAAAGAAAAAAAAUCAACAAGAAGGAAUCGUUCAAUAGUCCGUUUGUUCGUGUUAAAUUUAAUUAUAGACUUUAAAAAAGUGCAAAAUAUUAAAAUGAAAAUCUAAUAGUAUCGUUAAUGUGAAAGUGCAUUGGAAGUUCUUGAUUUUAUAAGUGAAAAAUGAUGUAAAAACAAAAUUCUUGUACCCCCUGCGCUUGUUAAUAGUCCAUUGUGAAUGUGUACACAUUUUAACAACUCUGGCCUGCAAUUUCUCACGUACACCGUCUUUUUAUAUUUCACCAAAUCAGCUACAAAUAAAGUGUAUUUAUUGCAUUAAACAAUUAAAACAAAUGUACUGCAAAUUAAAUCGAUGUAAAAUUAAUAAUUUUGUUAAUGCCGCAACAUUAGAUAUGUGUUAAACAAACAAAGUGUAUUAGUGUGUGGUAAUAUGUUGUAAUAAUUAAAUCGUUAUUAAAGUGUACUACAUGACUCUAAAACAAGUUCUGCCGCAGAGCAAAUAAAAGGCAAAGCAAUUGGCUUCUUGGGGCUUCGGAUUUUAUAAAUUAAUUACCCAUGCCAAAUGAAAUCCUUGUGACUUGAGGAUUUUUAUUCUAAUUUUACUUUAAAAACGCAAACAAAUGAAAAUGCAAAAAAUGUCCUCGUCUGAUGUACCACGAAUUAUGGUAUUUCGACCUACAUGGGAGGAGUUCAAAGAUUUUCCCAAAUACGUUGCCUAUAUGGAAUCUCAAGGUGCUCACAAAGCUGGUCUGGCCAAGGUGGUACCGCCACCCGAAUGGGUACCUCGGAAACAGGGUUACGAUGAUCUAGACGCACUGAAAAUAACAAUACCUGCACCGAUAUGCCAAGUUGUCACUGGUAAACAGGGCCUCUAUCAACAAAUCAAUAUACAAAAGAAACCAUUGACGGUAAAACAAUUUAGUGAAUUGGCAAAUACCGAGCGUUAUUGUGCGCCGAAACAUUUCGAUUAUGAGGAUUUGGAGCGAAAGUAUUGGAAAAAUAUCACAUAUGUGGCACCCAUAUACGGUGCUGAUGUUAGUGGGAGUAUAACAGAUACAGACCAAGAUAGUUGGAACAUAAAUCGUUUGGGCACCAUACUUGAUUAUGUAAAUGAAGACUAUGGCAUUCAAAUCGAUGGCGUAAAUACAGCAUAUUUAUAUUUUGGGAUGUGGAAGACAACAUUUGCUUGGCACACCGAAGAUAUGGAUUUGUAUUCCAUAAACUAUUUGCACUUUGGUGCUCCCAAGACUUGGUAUGCUGUACCACCAGAACAUGGACGCAAAUUAGAAAAGGUUGCCAAUCAGUAUUUUCCAGCCAGCUAUAAGAAUUGCAAUGCCUAUUUGAGGCAUAAAAUGACUUUGAUAAGUCCACAGAUUCUAAAGCAACACGAUGUGCCCGUUAAUAAGAUAACCCAAGAAAAGGGUGAAAUAAUGAUAACAUUUCCAUUUGGCUAUCAUGCCGGUUUUAAUCAUGGCUUUAACUGUGCCGAAUCGACAAAUUUUGCAAUGGAACGUUGGAUUGAAUAUGGCAAAAGGGCCGUACAGUGUACCUGCAGCAAUGAUAUGGUAAAAAUCUCCAUGGACACAUUUGUGAAACGUUUUCAACCGGACCGUUAUCAGGCCUGGCUGGAGGGCACCGAUUAUGGCCAACAUCCCGAGGAUCCGCCCAAUGCCAUUGUCCCUGCCCCUUUGCCCAAUCAUGUGGAUGUUAUGUGCAAUAAAAAUAAUGGGGGUACUGAUGAUGACGAUUUACCUUUACAUAUCUUACAAAGAAUGAAAAAGCAAUGCAAUCCUACAAAAACAAAGUCAUUUAAGGAACGCAAUCCUGACUUGGAUUUGGACGAGAUCCAACAGAAUCCCAAUAUACCGGAUGAUAUUAAGGCCGUACUAAAGGAGAGUGUCUUGACUUUGGAAGCAGAUGAGGAAGAACCAGCAAUUGUGGGUGAUGAAGUGGAAACAGCAGUACCAGAUAUGAGUCUACAAAGUCCUGCCCAUUUUAAAACGAAAAAGGAACUCUUAGCUUAUAUAGAUGAUGAUGAAGAUGAUGAGGAAGAACGAAAUUUUAAGAAACGUAGGAAUAAACGUAAAACCGACGCUGAAUACGAUGAUGAUUGGUUGGCCUCAAAACGACGCACAUCCACUUCACGUAACAGCAGUAAAGGCCGCAGUCCACGUGGCAAAGACAAAACAAAAGAUGAUCGUUCAAUAUCACCAGCCUCGUCCACAUCGUCCUCAACGACGACAACGGGUAAGGGUGACCGAAGACGAACAAAUUCUAAAACCGAAAAAUCCACAGUUACAACACCCGGAAAAUCGCCACGCAAAACACCGGUGAAGAAAAAGAAAAAUGAGGAGAAAACAUUGUCAUCGGCUUCUACAAGCCCUGUAUGUUUCAAUAUGUCAUCGACAUUUAAUGGAUCAGGAACAACAUUGGCCAAAUCGGAAACAAUAACAACAACAGCAACAACCAGCGCUUUGGCAUCAUCAUCAACAUCAGCAGCAUCAUGUGGUAAUGGCAUAGGAGGAGAAAAAUCACAAACGACAAUAACAUCUAACGACCAUCCUUCAUUACAAUUUAUGCAACAGCAACGUAAAUUCGAAGGGAAAAUACCAAAAAUCAAUCAGCAGCCGCACCAACAGCAACAGCAGCAGCAACGCCCACAAACACCAAUGACCGCAGUUGAGACGAUUACAACACUAGCAACUACUGCAGCUACUGCUACCGCAUCAUUCAAUAAUAACAUCAGCAACAUCAUUGCCACAACAACAAUUACUGAUACCAACACCACCACCACCAACAACAACGUAUCAGUAAUAAAUCCAUUAUUAAAUUCUAGUCAAGUGAAAGUAGAAGUCAAAGACGAGAGUGACAGCAAGGAAGAAACAAUAUAUACAACAUCCACCACUAGCACGCCCAACAGCUCCCACAUUGUUUUUGCCACCAUGUUACCAGCCGUGACCACACUCAAUGGCAUUCCAUCCCACCAUCAGCCUCAGUAUAUUACCAUGCAGGCAGCUGCCACAACGACUUUAAGUCCUUCAUCACAUACCACAACUAGUCCCAUGUCGGCCACAGCCACCACUACUGAUGGCACUGUCUAUCAGUAUAAAUCCGAAAUUAUCUGCGAUAGUCAAACGUAUCAGCAGCAGCAGCAACAGCAGCAACAACAACAACACACUAGCACCUCGCAUGAGGUGAUGGUGGGCCAAUCAGACAAUGUGGUCACCACUAUUAGUUCGUCCCCUCUACUGCUCACCACAACAACGUCGGCCACACCAACAUCGUCCACAUCUCCGGCGCCGCCACCCACACCAACUUCAACCUCAUCGAAUAAUGCUGCUGCCAACAUCAGUGAGAUGUCGGGCGCAGAGGCGCAUCAGCCGCAAUACCACUAUAUUACCACGACCACAGCUGCUAAUGGAGAGAUUACACAGCACACGUCUUCAACGCCAACAACAAUUGUCUAUGAGCCCUACGAGGGUGAGGUCAUCCAACAAGAGGGCUCAGAUGUUGGCAGCACGAUUAUCAAAUUUGAAGGUGGCGAAUAUGAAGUGAUCAAAAGUGAAGUGAAUGAUAAUCAUAUGAUACAGACGAGCCAACAGCAGCAGCAACAUCAGCAGCAACAGGAGGUGGUUGUAAAAUAUGAAGAUCAAAGUUUGGACGAUGAUAGCUAUGAAGAAUUUCAGAGUGUUACUUCACCCCAAAAGGAACAACAGAGUGGUGUAACCUAUCAAACCAUAACUCAUCACGACAAAGAGACCAAUCAAAUAAUAACGGAAACAAUAGUCAUACCCGCCAAUGGGAAUAAUACCCCGAAUGUUGUGCCUCCAGCUAAGCAAAAACGAAAACGGAAAACCCGUUCCGUCUGUGCCGAUGAGCAGGGGGAAUAUUUGGAAAAAAUGUCUGUGCGUGGCCUGGACAUACAGCGUUAUGAACAUGUUAUCGAUGGGGUUUCCUAUUGUCUGGUAUGUGCAAAAAAUGACAUAUACAAGACCUUCAAGAACAAAUAUAGUUUCCAAAGGCAUGCCUAUCUUUUCCACGAGGGUGACAAUAGGAAAAUAUUUGCCUGUCCCAUCUGCAAUAAAGAGUUUUCGCGCCCGGACAAAAUGAAGAUGCAUAAAAAAGACAAACAUGGUGAUAUGGCAGUGCCCGAGGCAAAUGGUGGCGGCACGCCGGUAAAGAAUAACGCCGACACUCCACCCCCAUCGAAGCGGUCGAGAGGUAGUGCAUCUAAAACCCCCAGGGUGCGCAAGCCACGAAACAGUUUGGCAAAUACCAGUGAUUUGCCAGUGCCAAAUAAAGAUGCAGCUGUUAAAAAACGUCUCGCCCAAAUCGAUAGUGUACUGGAUGAGGUUCAAAACGCCGAUUCGAAUCAGUCAAAUGGGCCCAUACAUAUACAGCAAACCACAAUCAUACAGCCUGCCACUGCAACCCAACCACCCGCCACGCCACAUCAGCAACAGCCAGCACAACAGCAGCAACAACAACAGCCGCAGCAGCAACAGCAAUUACCUUCAUUGGAAUUCAGUGGCAUGAUUUUGCCCGGUGGCGCCCAACUAGCUUUAGCUAAUCCAGGUGCCACCCCCAGCAUAAUGCAAGCCCAACAAAGAGUGAUAAGCGCUCCACAACCUGCUCAAGUUGCCACACAGAAUCAUUCGCCAGGCACCACCACCUUGAUUUACUCAAAUCAGAUUGAUUUGCAACAAGCAUUGCUGCAACAACAAUUACAUGGCCAAAGCAUAAUGAUACAAGAUCAAGCUGGAAAUCUAGUACCCUUGCAAUCGCUACAAACACUAGAUGGCACACAGACAAUUUAUACGACGACAUCACAGACGCCACCUGGUGGACGACAGCAGAUCAUUCAAACACAAACUCAACCACAGCAAAGUACACACCAAACCUUACUUGCCAGCGGUGCCACAACAACACACCCAGCACAUAUUAAAGUGGAGACAAACACAGCACCAAGCCAAACGCAGCAACAACAACAGAGCAGCAAUAACACCCCAACCUCAAACAAUACAGCUAGUCAUGCUACACAGUCGCAACAGCAGCAACAGCACCACUAUGAAUUGGAAAAUGUUGCCUAUCUUUCCUCGACGGCAGCCACUCCAACAGCUACGGCUCUACCUGAACAACAUGUGAUUGGCACUGUACAAAGCUAUCAAAUCCUUACACCCGAUGGCCUACAAAGCUAUCAGGCGGCCACAAAACUGGAAUCCAAUGAACUGGAAUUAGGUCCCUAUACCAUGGCGACCACAACUCCGCACUACUCCUUCAGCAGUCACCUGACAUCAAACGCGGACCCCUCGUUGCACCCGCAACAUCAUCAAACUACAAAUAACAGUGGGGCAGCCGCUCAACAUAGUUUAUCAACGGCACCACAUCAAACUAUACACCACCAUCCACCGACGCAUCACCAAACCGCCCAGCAUCAGCAGCAUCAUCAUCAUCACCACCAAGUGCAACAACAUCAUCACACGACAACGCAUCACCAUGCGCUGCCCUCGCUGGCGGGACCACACCAUCAAUUCAUGGAACUCAAAAACGACUUGUUGAUCAAAAGUACAGAUGCCUAUUCAUUGGAUGCAGCCACCUCUAUGUAUCAUCUGCCUUUCUCCCCCACAUCCAUGAUAAACGCAGUGAGCGAUGUUAAUUCAUCCUCACUGUUGGAAACCAAAGAAAUUAGCAAUACCAAUCAAACAAUAGGCAGCAUUGUUUCAACAACCCCCUUGGUGGUGGCCAACAACAGCAGCGGCAACAACAGCAUAAAAGUAAUCAAAGCAAUAACAACAGGUUCGCCGGCCACAAUCAAAAGCAACAACAUCAACAACAACAGCAGCAGCAAUAUAAUCCACAAAUCGCCUAUCAUAAUCAACAGCAUCAAGAAAAUGUCAACAACGCCAGUAACAACAUCAACGGCGGCAGCGGCAUCAGCAUCUACAUGCCAGCCAGUGCAAAUUUUAUUAACCCGCAAAAUUGGCAGCAACAGUCACAACGAGAAUUUGAUCAACAGCAACACCGGCACCUCUACAACUACAACAACAACUAACCACCACCACCACCACAUACAAACUAUACAACAGCAACAUCAUCAUCCCCAUACAAUAAUAACUUCAACUAAAACUGGAGGAGUUAUACAAAAGCAUUCGACUAUUCUGAAUCAGAAUCACCAUAUAAAUGAUUCCUCCCCCUCCUCAAUAAUAAUAAAAAGCGCUAACAAUGAUUUAGUUCUUACGAAUUCAAAUAAUUCAAAUGCGCCAAACAACAGCUCAUCGUCUGGUGGUGUUAUAACCACAGAGGAGAUAAUUAAAAAAUUCCGCAUACCUAAAGGUAUAGCUCUUACACCUAAAUUUGCCCAUAGCUUAACGAGUGACAAUGCUAUAGAAAUAUCCACCUCCGAGCAUACAAGUGCCACACUUGCCCAAAUGCCUACCACUUUAAUGUCACCGCCAUUGACGUCGAACGAUGAAAACGACAAUUCUUCGGCCUUAGUGGAAUACGUAGAGGAAAUCUAUGAUGAUGAGGGAGAAGCUGUUGAAGAAUUGGAAGAAUGUGAGAUACAUGAAUACCAAGAACAAACUAUUGAGGAUGCUGAAGAGGAAGGAGUGGAAGAUGAGAUGUUGCAUGAGAUUGAGGAACAUGAACUUAUCGAAGAAGUUGAGUCAUCGGAACAGCAGGAGUUGUUAAUAUCCGGUGGUGAAUCUGAAGAAUUCAUAGAGACUUCAAAUGACAAUAGUCAGUCUCGAGUUCUGCUAGAAGGAAGCCAACAAGAAGUAGGCAAUAACAAUGGCCAAAUAAUACAAGCAGUUCAGCCUAAUGGUACGGUUACAUGUUUCCAGCUGCCCGCCAAUACCAUAUUACUACAAUCUCCCCAGGGACCCUUAUUGGCAACGACAGCACCGCAUCCAACCAAGCCGGGACAGCAACAAAUUGUGGCCAUACAAAGUCUAAGUGCACAGUUAAAUGCUUUAAACUCAGCGGCCACAGAAACGGCACCACCCCCACCACCUCCGCCACCACCAACUGCAACAACAACGGUUAUACUAACCGCCGAUGGUACGGCAAUACCGGUUAUCAGUGGUGGUGGUGGUGGGGGUGGUGUUAGCAGUAAUGCCUCAUCCUCUAAUCCGGCUGUCAUUACCACUACCAGCGAAUCACUGCUUAAGGCCCAACAACAGAUAUUGGCGUAGGGUCUACUUAAUGGCGGCGGCCAAUUUGCACGAUUUUUAACAAAUCCCCCCGCAACUAUAUUGCCCACAACAUAUUUUUUCUAAAAACCAAAUUUUUAUUUCUACAAAUUUUACUGAAAUAUUCUCUGGUAUUGGAUAAAUGCUAAUGCAAUUAAUCGAUUAUGACAUGAUAUCGAUGUCGUCUUGCAACUUUUGCAUAAAAGAGGGCAGGUGAGAUUUACUGCAUAUUGUACUGUAUCCAAAGCACAAUUGAAUUGGAUAGUUAUCGAUAUAAUGCAGUAACAGUAGUUGGUACUGUAUAGUCAAAAUAAGCUAUACUUAACAUAUGCUUAUGUUAAGUAUAGCUUAACCUAACGCAAGAUAGCUAACCAGUGCAAAUAGGACAAAAAUGAAUAUAAUUGACAGGAAUUGAGACAAUUGCUCUUCAUUAUAUUCAAAUUUAUUCCCAAGAAGAAGAAUAUUUCCGUAAUUUUUCUUAAAUAACUAAAAAUUUUUAUGAGUAAACCUAUGAAAAAUUAAUAAGAAUAGUAUCAGAAAGACUUUGAAAAAAUCCUCGUUACAUCCCUCUCAAAUAUAUUGAGCAAUCCAAUAUGUUAAUUAAAUCCAUGUAAAUAAAAUCGUUCCAUUUGGCCGCCAAAAAACGUUGUAGAUACAAGCAAGGGGUGUACAAUUGUAAAAUUAAACAAAAAAUGGAAUUCAGUUAAACUGAUGAAACUUUUUUAUUGUAAACAAAUAAUGGUAAACUAACAAGCACACCAUUUACAUAUACGUAUUUAUAGCGAUCAAUAUAUAUGUAUGGUGUCCAUACAUGUGAUUGAAAAUCAUAUAAAAUCUCUAAACUGGAAAAGUCUGAUAAAAGCAAACAUAAAAAAGUUUAAUGAAUGAGGGUAGACCUGUAACUAAAUGCUCUGAUGAUGGUUUAAUAAUGAUAGAAAUGUAAAUUUAUAUAAGAUCGACGAUGAAGACAAAUACCUACAUACUUGUCUAAAUCAAUAGAGAGAGUGUGGGUAUUAUAAACUUCUAGACAGAUAAUGUUGCUAUGGAAACUUUUAGCUAUUACUUUUAAGCUAAUGACUAAAGAAACUAAAUUAGUUUUCUUUGUUUUUCUUCAAAAAUUCAAUCGAGAGUAUUCUUUUUAUUUUGUAAAACAAAAUGAUCUUCAAAACCAAACCGAAAAUAAAAAAGCAUGGCAAGCCAGAGCCUCAGUGCAAGAAAAAUGUGGGAUUAUUACAUAUUUUCGUAGAUUUAAGAAUGUUUAUUGUUUUAGAAAAGAAAAAAAAAAAGAAAAGAAAAAGUUGUUUUAUUCUUUACUUUUUAAGAAAAAAAAAUAUCUUUUGAUGUAACUAAACUGCAAUUGAUGGAUUUUCUAAGAUCCAUAUUGACUUAUAUUAUCAUAUUCACAAUAGAUAUAAGGCCAACUGGUCUUUUGUAGGCGUUCCCCCUUUUUGUCUAGAUGAGAAACUGGCUUGCAAAGCUUAUAGCUAAGUAUGUAUGUAGUUGUGUUUAAAAAUCAUUUAUGCGAUUUUUUUGUAAAAAAAACCUUUUAAUAACUUAAUAAUUAUAACAUAUUUUUUAUAAUUUAUAUCACAAUUGUGUUUUAUUAAUAACUUAGUUAGCCUCUAUGUUCUUAAGCAAGACAAACAAACAAACCAACAAUUAUCGUACCCACAACCCAUACAUUAUACCAUCCGUAAACUAAUAAAACCCUAGGAUUUAUUUUAUCAUUCAUUUUAGCUUUAGUUAUACAAUUUCAUUUUAUCUAAAAACCUUUAUUUAGCAUCAUAAAACGUAAAACAAAACCAACCCUAUAUAUACACCCCAAAAUUAAUUUUGUUUAAAGAAAUUUUCAAAAAAGCCAUACGUUUAUUGGUGUUUGGAGAAAUUUUUAUAUUACCAAACUAUGUUGAAUAUGUCCAUCACAUAACUUCUACUACUUAUUAUGUUCUAAUAUUUUGUUUUUUUCUUGUAAAUUAUAUUGUCUUUUCUCUAUAUUUAUUGCAUUUUGUUUUUAUUCCUAUCUUCUCAAAACUCCCUUUUAUUUAUUGGAAAACAUCAACAAGAAAAAAGUAAAAAAGAAAAAUAUUAAUUAUACUAUUACUUAUACUAUUUAACUAAGUUAUUGAAAUACUAUUAAAUAAUAUUAACACUAAAAAACACCCGGAAAUUAUAUGAACAUAUACAUACUAUAUUAGCAUAUAUGAUAUUUUUCAUUAUGAUACACAAGAUAUAAUUUUUUCUUUUUGUUGAGGAAAACAAAAAAUAUUAAAUAAUAUUAAAUUUCAAAUAUAAAACAGACAAAUUUGAAUGAUCUACAACUUAAUU